AUGAUACGAAAAAGCAACUUGCGCUGCUCAUGUCCCAUGCACGAUAAACAACAGCCCUCGAACAAGCAACCUAUUCCAAGUCGUUUUUAUCCGGUAUUUGACGAGAUUGGGCUAACAGUGGCAGGAUACCAGCCUGGUACUCGGUGGUGUUACCGGUGCAAGUUGCUCGCCUAUAAGAAAUUUGAAAGCCGUCCUCAAACAAGUAGAAAACCAGUCGAGGAAAAAGCAAAUAGUAGUACAUCCGCCAUCGGCACAGAACAACAACUACAAAAGAUAUUCCAGUUUACGGGAUCCCCUAUUCUACACCUCCACGAAAGUAUGCAAGAUAUAUCUAUGUCAGCACCUACCAUAUCCCAACUGGAUCAAACAAAGCAACAAUUUGGAAGGCUUUUUUCAAGACUUGAAGCUCUAGCAGACAUAUGUGAUAUUCAUCUCCUGGAAACAUGGAAAGAGCUGCAAACUCCCCUAGGUACCAUCAAAAUUGCCCCAAAUGGCAACGUGUUAAUGGAUAGUCAAGUAUGGGACCAAAUAAAGACAACAAUCAAAGAACUUGAUGAAUUGGAUGAAGGUAAUUCACUGGGCCAACUAGUGCAACAAUUUCAGAUGGCUCUAUACCAUCAUGCCCUCAGUAGUGAAGCUCCAUUAUAUGAGCCAGCAGCAAUGAAAGCGUUCACACAAAAACACUCUCCAGGUCUGUUUGAAAUGCUUUUAAGUUCAAUAACAAGGGAGGACUCCAGACUCUCAGAUGAACAUCAAGCUGUACAGGAGCAAAGAACUGUUGUUCUCCUUCACACACUGGCAUAUUUCAGGUCUCAGAAAGCUUCCACCCUACAAAAGGAUGAAGGGCUUUUCCUACAACAUCAUGGUGCCUCUAGGACAGCAAUCAAUCCAGGAAGGAUACUUGGUUUCAGUACAAGUCCUAGAAAUAUUGAUUCUCACAAGAAAGCACUAAUAACAAAAUAUCCAGACAUACUGACGAGAAAGGUUAUCCUGGCAACAGAGAAAGGAUUCCUAAUUGUACAACUGUUGGAUGACUUCCAUAAUAUUUUGACUGUUAGACUACCAACAAAUCUGAAGCUAUCAUUAGCUACGCACAUGGCUAGUGGCCUACUGGACAUCCAUCCUUCAAUUCCUGCUGUUCCUAUUCCUACAAGAGAUACAAAACACAGCCAAGUGAUUGUGACGAUAGGGAAUAAAAAUAAAAUUUGCAGAGAAGGAAUUGUUCUAGACUAUAUAAAAGAGUUGUUUCAAAGACCAGUGUUAUCAAGAAUGUACUUGGAAACAAAUCACCAAUGCAUUUCACCAAAAUACAUCCAACAACAACUAAAGGAAUUGAGGGUCUAUUCUGGGUUUUCGCACGAUGAGCUCUGUACCCUUGAGUCUACUAAUUUAAUAGAUGAGUUCGAGCAAUCUUUGAAAAUUAUGGAGGACUAUAAAUCAGCCAUUGAUCACAUAUUCCUGUGCUGUCCACAACUGGAACAUUACUUGAAAAAAAUUGUAGUACCAGCACCCUGGGACUGGCCAACUUGGUUUUAUCAAAAGAAACUCAUUGCUCAAGAAGUCAAUGCAGAUGCCAGUUUCCUAUCAGUCAUCCCAGAGCAGGGCCCAUUUCAUGUUUUCCUGAAUCUACAAGAAGAUGUUCUCUGCAAGGACAUAGAGUAUGCUUCCAUUCUGUUUCUUUUAGAUGAGGUGGUUCCCAUAUCAUUCUUCCACUAUCCUGUUACAUUCAGGUUCCACAAGAAACAAAUGCAAGAGGGCAGCCUAAAGGAGACAUGA